AUGCUGGGCGACCGCGGGACGGUCGCGGAGUCUGCUGCCGCUGCUGCGGCUGCUGUUGCGGGCGCCAUGGCUGAAGCACCUGACAGCUUUGUCCCAGACCACGAGCAACUGCUGCUGGACCCCUCUUGGCCGCACUCCACCGCUCUCUCCUUCCCCCACCUCCCCCACAAGAAGCUCCCUACUGCCACCACCCUUCCCCACCACAUCAAACCUGACGGAACCACUCCUGUGGAACAGAGCACCGUCCAGAGCCCAAGUGGUGCAUGCGAUGAGGGUAAAAGAAGUGCUGUCGGCCUUUCUGCUGCUGCACACGCUGUCACUGCCAAUGUCACCGCCGCCAACCCUGCUACUGCCCUCCUUUCUCGUGCUGCUGACACUGCUACUCAGUCUCUACCCUUCACUCUGCCGUCCCACUCCCCUGGUGCUGAUUCUGGCUUUGGGGUUGCGAGUGGGGGAGAAGAGGGAGGCUUGGGGGGAGAAGGGGGAGCGGGACAGGGUAGGGUAGUGGGGGGAGGAGGGAAGGAGGGAGGUUGGGAGGGAGGGAAGAAGACGCGGAGGGAUGCAGAGCGGUCAAUGCAGUUAUAUGAGCAGUAUGGAGGUAGGGAUGGGCAGACGGGAAAGAGGGGAACAGAGGGGGGAGGAUGGAGGGGAGGGAGGGCAGGGGAGCCUGGAGAGAAAGGAGUUGGAGAGAGGGAGGCUAGAGUGGGCAGUGGUGCAGUGGCAAGCACUAGGGAAAGCAGGACAGAGAAAGAGUGGAAGGAGCAGCAUGUGGGAUGGAAGGCGGGCGGGGAGAGGAGAACAGAGGGCGGGUUGGAUGAAGGCAAUGAUGUGAUAGAAGAGGAAAGGGGGGUAGAUGCAGGGAUCAUAGAGGAGGGAAGGAAGGAGAGCAGGGGGGAUGGUGAGCGCGAGGAGGGAGGCGGGUGGAGAUGGGGUGGGGAAGGGAGUGGGGGAGAGGAGGAGGAUGACGACGAUGACAAUGAAGGAGACGAGGAGGAGGUGAGGGAAGAGGAGGAGGGGGACAGGGAGGCGGAGCGGGAGCGGAGAGAAAGAGAGGGGUUGUGCAUGGUGGCAGCGCAGGGUUGUCUACAAAGGGCGCUGGCAGGCGCAGAGAGAGGCGUUGUGCACAGCCCAGGGCUGGCCAUCCUAGGAGAGGGGCGUUGGCAGUUACAGGCCCCUGCACGGGCACAGGGAAGAGGAGUGGUGCAAUGGGAAGAUGGCGCUAUGGAGGGGGAGCAGGAGCGGGAGGAGGACGACGACGAUGAGGGGGAGGAGGAGGAGGAGGAGGAGGAGGAGACGGACAAGGCAUCACUGCUGGACAAGGUUAUAGAGCAUAUUAAAGCCAUGCAGCUGCAGCUGCAGAUCAUGUCGCUAAGGUCAGGGCUAGGAGCAGGAGUCACCGGCGCAGCAGCAGCACAUGUCAUAGCCCCUCUCGUGGAGCUAUCACCAUCUGCUGGCGACCUGUUGGUCAUGGCUGCAGCAUCAGAAGCAGAAGCAGCGGAAGCAGCAGCAGAGGCGGCAGCAGCGGGCAUCGGCGACAACGGCGUGUGGGUGAACGCGCUCACGUACUGCCCGCACGUGCUCUCCGCUGACGCUGCGCUGCUGCCUCCGCACUCCGUUCCGCCCUUCGACUCGCUCUGCCACAGCUGCAAGGACGGUACGGAGAACUGGGUGUGUCUGACGUGUGGGGUGGUGGCGUGUGGGCGGUACGUGGCCGGCCACAUGCUGCAGCACGUCACUGAAACAGCCCACCCACUGGCUGCUGGCUUCAGGGACCUGUCAGUGUGGUGCUUCCACUGUGACUCAUACCUCGAUGCCAUCCGCAUCCCUGCCCUAGAACCGCUCUUCACCGCCCUGCACCUAGCCAAGUUUGGCCAGCCACCUGCAAAGCCACCCUCGUGA